CCGGACAACAGCGGCACAAUAUAAAGACCCUCUUAAAGUUGGUGAAUCAAGUUGGAUGAGAGAAGUUUUGUUGCCGGGUUCGCUUUGCGUGCACUUAAUUAUCUGUUAUAAACAGUUAUUAGCAAAGAUUGAUUGGGCGGUAUUACGAGGACACUGAAUAUUGUAAUUACCCUGUGAGGGUUCUCCAACAAGAGUUGGGGAAGUGUUUCGUACUGGAACGGAUGACUGGUACCGGGGUCCGGUUAGCUAGCCUGCCUCUGCUUCUUGUGCCCGGCCCCCGACUCACGCUGGUGGGGAGGAGAGAUGCUGAAGUCGGCGAGUUGGAAGUCGAAGCCACAGGCAGCGUUGUCGGGCCGUGACAGGCUCCGGGAGCGGCUGGGCGACUUGUGGCAAGAAAAGCACUGGAUCUUGUUCAAGCCGCGGUUCACAGUGCCGGUGGCCGUCUGCCUCUGGGUCGCUGAGAUCUGCGUUAACCUCUGGGUCAUCCAUAGGGUGCCUUACACAGAAAUUGACUGGAAAGCUUACAUGGAUGAAGUGGAAGGUGUAAUUAAUGGAACAUAUGAUUACACUCAGUUAAAAGGAGACACAGGACCGCUGGUUUAUCCUGCAGGUUUUGUUUAUCUCUUCAUGGUGCUGUACUACAUCACAGAUCAUGGAGUGAACAUUCACCUGGCACAGUACGUGUUUGCCAUUUUCUACCUCUUCACACUACUGUUGGUCUUUAGGAUUUAUAAUCAUACAAAAAAGGUUCCACCAUUUGUGUUUUUCUUCAUGUGCUGUGCCUCCUAUCGGAUCCAUUCUAUCUUUAUCCUUCGACUCUUUAAUGACCCUGUUGCCAUGAUGAUCCUGUAUGUGGCUGUGAACUUCUUUCUGAACAAUCGCUGGUCACUGGGCUGUUGCUUUUUUAGUUUAGCUAUUUCCAUAAAGAUGAACAUUUUGCUCUUCGCACCAGGAUUGUUGUUCCUUCUCAUCUAUCAGUUUGGAUUGGUGCGGAGCAUCCCAAAGCUGGGCAUCUGUGCUGCUUUGCAGGUGGUGCUGGGUUUGCCCUUCCUGAUGGAAAAUCCUGUUGGAUAUAUAGCAAGAGCAUUUGAUCUUGGUCGCCAAUUUCUCUUCAAGUGGACAGUGAACUGGCGCUUCCUGCCCGAGAGUGUCUUCCUCAGUCGUUACUUCCACCUUGCACUAUUAGUGGCACAUCUGACCGUUCUGCUUCUCUUUGCAAUCUGCAGAUGGAACAAAUCUGAAGAGGGAAUGCUUUCACUUCUGAAGGCCCCAGAAGAGAGAGCAUCACAACACAAGCCUUUAACUGCAAAUCAAAUUGUAUUUGUUCUCUUCACCUCAAAUUUCAUUGGUAUCUGUUUCAGUCGAUCACUACACUACCAAUUCUAUGUUUGGUACUUUCAUACUCUGCCAUACCUUCUAUGGAGCACACAUGUGAAAAAACUUGCUCAUCUCCUCAAAGUUCUUAUUUUAGGACUGAUUGAGAUGUCGUGGAAUACAUAUCCCUCAACUGUGUAUAGCUCGAUCUCACUCCAUGUGUGUCACGUAAUUAUUCUGCUUUCUCUCUGGUAUGGCCAUGCUGAACCUGAGAAAGGUACACCAAGUGAAGACCAGGAUCUAUUGAAAAAGAAGAAAUGAUCGAAUGGACUUGGGGAAUUGGGUUCCAGCCAGCAAUAAUAAUUUCAUUAUUAAUAUCACCAAGAGCGAAAACUUUAUUUAAAAAAAAAAAAAAAAUGAUGGCCAGUAGCUGCUUCUCUGAAGUAUUAAGGAUUUGUGGUGCUGGAUCCACUAGAGACUCAAACGAAUUCAAUGAUGCCUGCAACCUUGAUUUCUGAAUGUCACUUUGCAGCCCAGUGAGAUUUUGUGCUCGCUGUCUUCUAAAGCAUGAGGUGCACAGGACUUUAGGCCCGAGGAUGGACAUGUGGAAGGACAGAUCACACUGCACUUACCUGUGGAACAGUGCACAUUAACAGCUUUAAGUUAAUUUUUCUUUGUAGUGUGAUUUUUUUUUUAAUUUUUCAAUUUCAGAUGUGUUUACUUUCACUUCCUAGCAUGCACAAAAUAGUCCUUUAGGUUUGUGAAAUAAAAUAAGUGGCAGUAUCAAGAAUUCAUUUUUAAAUGUGUAUAAUAGUUUUUUUCAUUUUUCUUUAAAGAAUGUUUUUUGUUUAAAUGAUUGUAUCAGAAUUAUUUUCUAAUUAAAUGAAAUAGAUUGCAGUUUAACAGAAUUCCAAUUAGAUGAGUCUAUCUGGCAGAACCAGAAUAAAAGCAGUACUGAACUGUCAUGCUUAAAUGGGAUUUCCAUAUGUUGUCCAUUUUGAGUUGUAGGUUACUCCUAUAUUUGUCCUGUGGAGUUAGGAAAUCUAUACAUGUGAGAUGUAAGCGGAGAAAGCUAUAGAAUCAUUUAUAGAACAAGAACUGACAUUUGAGUAAAGGUCAGCCAUGCCAGUGGGUGGUUGUCUGUUGUAUCCAUUGAUGACAGCAAACCUGUGUAGGAGUGUUUUUUAAAGCGUUACAGCAAUAAGGUUAAGGGUGAAAGGUGCAAAGUUUGAGGGGAACAUGAGGGGGAACUUCGUUCAGUGUCAUGUGUAUGGAACAAGCUGCAUGCAAGCACGAUUUCAACAUUUAAGAGCAGUUUGGAUAGGUACGUGGUUGGUAGGGGUAUAGAGGGGUAUGACCCUCCAGGUUGACAGUAGGUAAUUUAAAUGGUUCAGCACAGACUGGCUUGUUUCUGUGCUGUACUUUUCUAUGACUAAAUGGGGCAGAUCCACAAUUUCAACCUCAGAAGUCCAUGUCCAGUACUACAAGUACCCCUCACAACUGGGGUCUUCCAUGGUUGGUAUGAUCAUGACUAGUUUACCCUGUCAUUCCCUUUGUUCUCUACAAAGCAUUGCAAGACUGUUUUCCUGACUGUCAGACCUCACUGUUGAUCUCAUCUGUCCAGUCAGUGGGUGCUGACUUUGCAUGUCAGGAGAGGCAUGUCCCGAUCACACUGGGGUAUGAGGCCUCCAGGCUACCCUCUUUGUUUAGCCUGCCUUGGAGCCAAGUGUAAGAACUGAGUUUCAGUGGAACUGAAUGAGUGAGCCUCCCCAGAAUGGACAGGACGAGCCCUUUCAGAGGUGCUACCUCUCUGUAGACACCUCAUGCACUGAACCAUGCUGGUGUUUAUUUUUAAAGGAAACAGUGUAAGGAAAAGUUUUCUGGAGAUAUGAUGUAUAAUUUCCAAUUAAUUCCAAAGUGGACUAUGUCUAAAACAAUUUAGAUGUGUUUGUGUCUUAAAAAAAAAUUGCUAAAUACUUGUUAAAUUUGUAACCAAAAGGAAAUUUAUGGGAAAAAAAAGGUAUACAAUUUAAAAUGGUCUUCAUUACAACAGGAAUUUUUUUCAUUGUUCAUCCACCUCCCUAAAUGGAAAAUAGCAGCUUUACUUAAGGAGUAUAAUAUAGCUUAACAUAUAGUUAAAUUCAAAUAAUUAUGCAAGGCCUACCAUGGUUAGAUGGUUUCAAGAAAUCACUAGCUUUUGUAAUUACUGGAGCAAUAUAACACACCCUCCCAACUGAAAAUUGUAGUAAGGAGAUCGAAAACUCCACAAACUUUAAUUCCUGUGAUGCCACUGCUCCAUUAAAUCAGCAAACAUUUUCAAAAGAGGAAAAGAAUUGAACUUAAACUGCUUGAGCUUUGACCACUAAGUCACUCCAAUGCUGAGAGACAAAUACUGAUUUUUAAAUGUUGAUGUAACACCUCAGUGAGUGGCACUUUAAAAUUUUAACCAUUAUCUUCAGGAAUCUAGUCUGGUCAAACAGGUAGACAUGCUGCCUAAGAGCAAAGGUUAUAAAAAAAGAUCAAGCACCCUCACUUGUGUUAGCACUAAGAGUCAGCCUUGAGAGCUCUAGACGUGAGCAGUUUUGUCUGUAAUGUAAUUCACUGGGUACAGAUGAAGACUUGGUCAUCCUUAUAAGGAUGCUUAAACACAAGAUGAGGAGCUUGGUAUCUGGCAUGAUCAGCAGAAAUAUCCAGUUCCUGGCCUUGAUUGCCAUUUUUAACAGUUUGUAUUUAUAAAAAUCAUGUCUCCACUGGAUUGUGGUACAUAGAAAAAACUUGACUACUACCCUGUGACUAUGAAGUCUUCUGGGGAGUUUCUUUUAGUUGCUCCUUGUAAAUUUGUAAUUUUGAGGUUGUAACAUUUUAGCCAUUAUAAAAGGUACUAAUCACAGAGGAAGCAUGCAAGUACAGAAGAUCCAUAGUGCUUUUCCUAUUUUAAUUGAUCAAAAUCUAAAUGGUUCUCCAAAGACUUGUUCUUUUAUUAGCCUAAACUUCAGACCAUUGAAUUAGAUGGCACUCAAAAAGUCCUCAUCAAUUGAUGCACAUGUUUUGAGACCAUUGUAUGUCUGCGUCAUUGGCAUAGACAGUCAAUCAUUACAAGGUGUUUUCUUGAACUUUGAAACCUCAGCAUUUCAGUCUUAAUUGUAUUACCCUUAAUGUUGUAAAUUUUUUGUAUAUUUUCUGGAAAGAAUGUAAAUUGCUCUAACUCUAUUCUGUGGGCAAAUACUUUUUCUAUGCCUUUCAAACCAAAGGGCUUUCUGCUCUAUGUAGUUGACUCUCUCUGCUCUGUGAUUGUGCCAAAUUUGAAAGGAAGUGAGUGUUUCAAGGUAUAAAGUGCUUGAUGUCUUGGUUGUGUGGGACUUGUUUGUGCAACUCCACCAGUUGUCUGGAUAAAUGUGAAGUGCCAAACUAGACUACAGAAUAUGAACAAAAAUUAGGAGAAAUGGCCAGAAGCAAUAAUUAGCAUAAAAAUAUAUUGGGCUUCAGGCAUAAAUCCCUUGAGACAAAAACAUAUUUAUUUGUUUCCAUAGAACAAAAAAAAUUCUUGUUUGUUCUAUGAAAUGUGAACUGCUUCAUUGUGUACUAGUUUGGAUAAAUUCAAUGUUGGCCUCUAUCCUGUCUUUAUUGGUGGAAAUGGUGAGAGGGUUAUGUUACUUUGUUUAUUUACUGAAAUAGAAUAUUUUAGACAAAUUGUUUUUUCAGUUUACUUGGAUAAAAAUGAAAAGUCUGAAUAGUUUGUUACAGAACUUUGUUACAAAUCUGAGGCUUUGAUUUUUAUUGUAAUGCAAUCGCUAUAUACUAGAAUAUUAGAACUUUGACAUGCUGAAAUGUCCCACAUCCCAGAGAUCUUCAAGUCAUAAGGAAUUACAGUACCCCAAAAAUAUUUUUCAAGGCAUUGUAUGUAGUAGGUGAUUUGGACAAAAUACUACAUCUAUGAAAAUAGAAAAUGCUGGAAUGACUCAGUAGGUCAGGCAGCAACUGUGAGGAGGAACUAUUCGCUCUAAGUUGGUGACCAGGAAGAGGGAUUUCCAUGUGAAAUAAAAGCAAUAAAGAAACUGUUCUGAAAUUGUACCUUGCUUUACCCAGCAGUCUCCAUUCAUUUUGACCCACCCUGUGCAAUGCAGUAGUCCUACCGUUUUGCAGCUGUGCAAUGUGACAAGUUCAUAGAACUGAUUGUAUAAAGAAAUUCCAACAAUCUGUGCCUAACACAAAAGGUGCCAAGCUCAUAUAUGCUAUGUAGCAAAGAGUGAAGUAAGCCUAAUAAUACACUAAUAAUUUGUACAUUUUUAGGACAUUAAGUAAUUCAAUGGUUCAUGAAGGUAUAGUAUUGCAUAAUAAUACAAUGGGAAGCAUCACUAAGUUAAAUCCCUACAACAUUGAAUUUA